AACAUCAUUUUAAACAUUGAAAUACAAUGCAUUAAUGAAUGUUCUUUAAAAAAAAAAAGGAUAUUUCAUUCCUCUCAUAUUCGAAAAUAUGAAACAAGAAAAGAUUCUUUAACGAUAAAAAAAAUAAUAAUCCUUGUUUUCAAUCUGCCAGGUACUUUUGUGCAUGACCAUAGCCUUAAUUCCAAUUUGUGACUCCAAUAAAAUUAAGAGUCACCACUCUUUGUUCGUGAGUUUUCCGUUUUAACAACAACAGAAAAUUUCAGACAUGGAGGAAGCAAGCUUAGCUCUGUUCCGUCAGACAGAAGAGGCUCUUGAAGAAAUGGAGAAAUGUAUCGAACAAAUAAGAAGAAAGUACAAUCGGAUUCUCUCCUCUCCCUUCCAAGACGAAGAUGAUCAUCAUGAACUAGAUCAACUCAUGACACAAAUGCGUGGUCUAUCAGCGAAAGCGUGGAAACUUAUUAGAGCUGCAAAACAGAAUCGUCCCAAAGAAUUUGCUAAGAAAUGCAGCAUUCGAAUGGAAAAUGUACAGAUCAGCUGUUUGAGUCAAAAAUUCAUGGAUAUUUUAGGAGAAUAUUCAUUAGCUCAGACAACUUACAGAGAAAAGAGAAAAAAACUUUUGAAGAAACAAUUAGAAAUAACUGGUGAAAACGUUGAUGAUGAGCAAUUAGAAACUAUGUUAGAUGAAAAUCGGGCAGUAUUUACUCAAGAUUACAUAAUAGAGAUGGAGCGCACGAGAGAAGAUCUGGUAGAGGUGAAGGAGAGAUACACAGAAAUAGUGAAGAUUGAGACCAGUCUCAGAGAGCUGGACGACAUGCUGCUUAGUCUAUCCAUCUUAGUCAACAACCAAGGAGAAAUCAUCGAUUCUGUUGAACAACAUAUCGUGGAAGCCUCUGAAGAUGUUCAAAAUGGAAAUAAAGAAAUAGCCAAAUCAGCCAAGAAGAACCGAGUCCUCUGCAAGAAGAAAAUCUUGGCCAUCAUACUUGUCCUGGUAUUGAUAACUGUAAUAACCAUAAUAGCAGUAGUCUUCAGCAGCAUGUAAAGUGACGCUCAUUUGAUACUUAAGAACUAAUCAGCUAAAAGUAGUUGGACUGAUGCAUAAACAAGAGUUGUCCUCCGGAAGACGCUGGAAAAAAUUGGAUGAAACUGAAGGGAAUAAAUACAAUUGUUAAACAAUCAGUAUUAUAAGCACCAGAGAGUUUUUUUUAUCUUUGUUUGAAUUUUAGCUAUUGUUUUUAUUUUGGUUUGUACAUAAGUUUAUAUAUCAUAUUUUUUGCCUGUAAUAUUUAACAGCAUUUGAUAAUAGAAAGUGCUAAUCGUGAAUUCACAAUGUGAUUUGAUUUGUAGUAUGUGUUACUAAAAUUUGAUUUUAACAGUAACUACAAUAAUAAAAGUAAACAAAAUUCCUA